UUGGAAACCAUAUCUAUAAUCAACAACAGUUUAUUUUCCUAACCAAUAUGCCUCGAAAUACUAGUGCUACGCCUGAUCGACCCGGCCGAUGGAUCGUAUCUAAAUUCGGCGGCCCGGACGUCUUGAAAUGGGAUACCUGGGAUCCAUACGCUGAGAAGUUACCAGCCGACCAUGUUAUUGUACGGAUCAUAAUAGCUGGCAUUGCUGGAACGGACAAUAUCCAACGGGUGGGAGGUUAUCCUGACCCUCGUUGCUCGAAGCCAGGAUUCACACUGGGGUACGAUUUUGUCGGUGAAGUCGUCACUCUGGGCGCCUCGGCAUCGAAAGAAAACCCCCUGUCUGUGGGAGACCGCGUCAUGGCUAUGUUUGGAGUUGGUGCCUACGCAACUCACAUUAUCUUGCCCGCGGCUGAGCUUAUUCGUAUUGACAAGACGGAUGAUCCGGUCAAAGUUUCUACUCUCCCGCUCAACUAUUCAACGGCCUUCGGGAUGCUGAAGCGGGCUGUGACAAACCUUGUCCCUGGCUCAAGUAUCUUGAUCGGUUCUGCAAGCGGAGGUGUUGGGACGGCGAUAGCGGAAGUGGUACGAGCGUUUAAAAUGGACUUAAAGAUGAUAGGGACAUGUUCGCCAUCGAAAUUCGAUUAUGUGAAAUCCCUCGGGGUAAUCCCGGUCGACCGCCAUGCGCCCGACCUCGUAGAUCAAGUCCGGGCUUUGACUGGCGGCGAAGGGGUAGACGUGGCGUAUGACUCGGUGGGGAGCGAAGAGAGCAUCCAAAGAAGUUUCCAGGCGACGAAAAAGGAUAUCGGGCAAGUCAUAAUAAUUGGCGCCAUGUCGGAGAUUUCUACUGAUGGAUCCGGACUACGGCAAAGCGGACUCGACCUUAGAACCGUGGUUAAGCAGCGACUACAAUCAAGAAUGAGACUAUGGAGUGCCAUUGCCGACUACAAGGCGAUACAGAAACAGGUCUGGCUCGAGGACUUGCAGGCAUUGUUGGAAAAGGUCCGGAGCGGGGAGCUGUCGCCGACGAUCGCGAGGCUAUUUAGACUCAGUGACGCUGUAAAAGCCCAGGAGUACCUUGUAUCAGGCACGGAUGUGAAGGGUAAGAUGCUGUUUGUUGUGGAUGAAGAUCUGGCUACGCAGCAUGGCUUGUAAAGGGGUUGGCCCAUUUACAGUGCUAUAGAGUACUCUCAAUUUAUACGUAAUAUUGUCGACCUAAUAGCUACAUAUUUAUAUCAUUUAAGUUUACUUAGACCCCUUAAUAGUUACCAAGACAUCUAAUCUCCA